AUGACGACUGGCACUACUUCUAGCCCAUCCUAUGUCGGCGGCUCAGCUGCUACCUCGGCAAAGCCCUCCGCCUCUUCUCAAGCUACUGCGAACCAGUCAUCAUCGAAAUCCCUGCCGUCAAGAGAGUUGAAGAAAGUGAGCCCGCGGCCGGCCAAGAAUGUGACGAAUACGACCGGCGCAGGACUGGACGAUUUCGGGCGGGCAUACGUUAGUCUGAUCGGCUACUUGAAGGCCGUCUUUCCGUCUCGCGAGCGCAAGAAGGCCGGUCGGGAGAGUAGCAGCAGCAAGAAGAAGAAACAAUCCGGGGCCCGCUCCACUCGGGCUCUCGAGCUCCAACUUCAGCUCCAACAAGAACUGCUUCGCUGCGAAUGGCUCAGGGAUGGCCAGGUCGGCUGGCGUCUGGGGCCCCUCGACCUGCCUCUCCCCGAUGGCGACAGUCAACCUGAUCUCAAGAAGAAUCUCUUGCCAGGUUCUCCACUCGGCCCCAUCCAUCCACCACGCUCUCGGCUACAAACUGCCAAAUAA